AUGUCUUCCCCCAGACUCAUUCCCACCUGGCAGGAUUAUAAGUACCAAAUAAAUGACAUCUUAAAUAAAAAGUUUAUGCCAUGCCUCUCCCAGGAAUCUGAGAAGCCAAAGAGCGACAUAGUUGUGCUGAGUGACCGGUCCCAGAUACUAUACAGAGAAACUCACUUCCCUCAAAAUAUGCCACUUAUAUGCCAGUAUUUCAAUGAUGCCUUCUUCUUUGCUUCCCUCUCAUGGGUGAACUCCUACACGAAAGAAGUACAGGCUGUAGUCUGGACAAAAAGCAAAAGCGAGGACAUGGUUGAGAAGAAAAUGUUUCCCAUGAGUGAACGGUUGCCACCCAUCCAGUUGAUGGUCCACGCUGGUUCCUUUCAUAUUCUCGUGGUCUACUGUGGUGACCUCUUCCUGCGGCUUUUUGGGGAUCACUUUCGGUCCUUCAAGUCUAUGGGCACAGUAUCCUGCCGCUUCAACAUCAGCUGCCUCUGCUAUGACCCAGAAACAAAGAUGCUUCUGUCUGGUAAUCUGGGGGGAAUAGUCACCUGGACUAUUGAGCGGGGUGGUACAGGCCUCCAGAUAGCUCGCAUGUUUCCCAUACCAGGUGAAGAGCUUGUGCAGGACAUCUUGCUGAGUGGUCCUGAUGACUGCCUUCUUGCCCUGUGUGAGACUGUGGUGAGGGUCCUAGAACGCCAGGGCCACGGCAAUCUACAAGAGGUAAAGAAGUUUACCACCCCUACCAGUGGCUCCUCUAUCACCUGCUGCUUUACCUGCUUUGAACUGGGCUUUCUCUAUGCCGGAAACAAGGCUGGGGAAAUCCAUGUCUGGAACCUCAAACAAAGCCAGCCUCUCCACAAUUUCAUGGCCCAUUCUUCAACAGUGAUAUGUAUUCGUAGCCGGCCGGAGGCUCACAUUCUACUAUCAGCUGGCCAAGAAGGCAUAAUCAAGGAAUGGAAUCUCACUUCUGGGAAUUUACUUCGGCGACUAGAACUUGAAGAGCAGUUAUUCCGCCUCCAAUUUAUUGAUGACACUACUUUUUAUUGCCAAACUUCCCAUACUUUUUCCUUACAUCGUCUGCCCUGCUUCUAUAGCCUCUUUAGCGUCUGUGGCUGCACCACCCAGCAGGUGCGUCGAAUCCGCUGUGGAGAGAACUGGUACCGAAUCCUGUGUACUACAGAGGAUGGCCUCUUGCGCUUUCUGUCUCCAAUCACGGGGGAUCUUCUGGUUGUCACCUGGCCCUUUGUCAUCCUGGACAAGGCUGUGGAUUGGGCCUAUGAUCCAAUGAAGGAGGAACUCUUUGUAGCCACAGGCACCUCAGAGGUGCUGGUGUUUGACACAACCCGCUCCCCUUGCCCAACUAAGUAUUUCUUAUGCACCUCAGUAGAUUCUCAAGACAUGGUACAGUGCCUGGCUUAUGGGCAUUUCCAACUGGGGUGGGGAACAGAAGGACUGAUACUCUCUGGACACCAAAGUGGAAUGGUAAGAGUGCUUUCCCGGCACAUGUGUGCCCGAGUUGAGAAACUUACCCACUACGGGGCUGUAUUGGCUCUCUCUACAAUGACUGCAGGGAUCUUUGCUAACCGGGAAAGUUCUUUGAUCUGUUCCUAUGGAAUGGAUGAUUAUAUACACCUAUCAGAAGUCAUGUUUGAAGGAGCCAAAGUACAACUGCGGCCUCUUGCCAGCGUUCUCAGUAGCUGUCAUCUGAAACACAUCAUCCUCUUGCCCCACUCUGUGUUUGCCAUCACAGAUAGUAACUGCCUACGUUUCUGGGAGUUCCAUGAUUUUCUGUGCACUGGGUCAGACAAAGGCUCAGAUUUCACUGAAACAUUACCUCUACACCAAUGUACCAUCAUAUCUUUCGAUGUCUGCUUGACCUUGAGUCUUUUUGUCACAGCUGGUUCUGAUGGCUCUGUCCGGAUCUGGGAUUUCCAUGGUAGACUCAUAUCCAUGUUGGAUUCAUCACUUCACUUUGGUGCACUGUGUUUUGCAAAUAACCGGGGUGACCUCCUUGUGAGUUUCAACCAGAGUCUUUAUCUGGUAUCAUCUUUAAAACUGCUUCCUCAAUCCCUGCUGUCUCACUUAUGCUUUAUGACUGUACCCGAUGAAUUACUUGAAGCUCCUAAGCCUUUCAUACCAAGUUUCUUUCUCUCUUUUGAGACCCUAUUUGUGCCCAAGUAUAUCAACCGGAUUCAAGGGAAACAGGAAUUAGUGGGUCUAGAGCCCCUUAUCAAUAAGCGGGCCAUUGCCUUCGACCAUUCUGUGCCACAUGUUAUAGAAGAGGAUGAGGAUGGGACCAUUGUGUUAUUGAGUGCUCCCAAAUAUGAUUCUUUGGAGGCAACAACAACUGUCCAGAAAAAGAAGUCAAAACAGGCCCAAUUCAAUUAUGUGCUUCCUCCCCAAUUAGUGAUGACCAGUUGGGAUGGGCUCAACCCCUAUCAGAUACUGCGAUGCUACUUUGGUCAGGGGCAAAAAUGGCUUCUUGCCCCCGAUUGCUACAUUCCCAACUCUGUGAUCCGUGCCCGUCUUUGGCCAGAGGGCAGCCCAAUAUUUCUACAGUGCAAUCUGCGCUCCCCUCAGCGGGAACUGGAAUGGGACAAGCCCCAACCUCUCUCCUUCUGGCACAAAAGGAAAAGAGUUAAAAGUGAUACGAGAACUCUUCCAGAGGAGAAAGAGAAUGAAUCCUUUCUAGCAGACAGACUAACCAAGGAUGCAACCUACAGUGUCCUCACAGAUGCAAGCCGCAGUUGGCUGGGAAAAAGGAUGAGUGAAGCAACUGUAAAUAAUCUGAUUGAAGUUGUCCUCAAUAUCAUGGUCCAUGCUAAUGCAGUAAAGUAUCAGUGCUGUAUUAGUGUACUAGGGCAAAUCUUUGCCUCUUAUCAAGUUUCUCCAACUCUGCGCUCUGAGACAGCUCAUCGUUUGCUAGAUGAUACAGUAAAUCCCAACGCAAUGAUCCGAGAACUAGCCUGGGAAGGGUUAAAACGUCUAGGAAUAAUUACUCAUCUUUUUGCCUUGCCUCUGGCCCAAGGACUAUUGGAUAAGGAUCCAAGAGUAAGGAAUAAAGCCCUGGCACUCAUGGCUGAGACUGGAAUCCACACAAAAACUUCACUCUUAAACUUGAUACAGAGACGAGAUCUUUUCCGGGAGUUACAACAAGAGAUGACUGGGGAGGAAUCCCUGGACCAUUUGCUGGGGAUUCGGCCAACAGAUAUACAAAUCCUUGUCUCUCAACUGGAACAGAGACUAAAUGAAGACUUGACCCCAUCAGAAGAUAAAAAGCCUGAGGUUUUUUCAGAUGUCUCAAAAGAAUCUCUGCAUAAACUAUCUUCCUUGCAACUCAUAGAGUCUGAAGAAUCAGAAGUCAAGCCACCCAAACAAAUAAAACAACCCCAAACAGCCGAGAAAAAGCACUUGCGAAAACUGAUUCGAGCUCUCAAGAUAUUGAAAGUGGGAGAAGCUAAACGGGUAAGCGUAGAGACACCUGUGGAGGCUGAAGUUGAGGCUGAAGCCACCACAGCUGAGAUGGAGGACACAUCAAGAAUAUCUUCAGUAAGCAGUGAAAUGAAGUUGCCUAAAGAUGAUGACUCAAAGGAUGUCUCAAAGGAUGUCUCAAAGGAGCACAUGGCUGCAACCGUUAAAUUGCUGAGGAAGCAGCACAAAAAAGGCAAACCACAGAAACUCAGAAAAGAGCACAAGAAGCAAAAAAAAGAGGUAGUUGAGAAACCUUUGCCUCCAGAAAAACCAAAACUAGUUAGGAGAAAGAUUCCGCGGGGUGCUGAUGGAGAACCUGGUACUAAAGGAGAUACUUCAUGGCGGAAUGAUCUAUGUCGUCUUAUAGCUCUAAGGAUAUCUACCUCCCAUGCAGAAAUGGAAAAAGAUCUAGACAAUGAGCUGGUGGCUAUAGCUCAGGAGAUGUUAGCAGAUCGCCGCCCCAGUUGGGAACUCUUUCAGCAGAUAUGCCCCAAGAAAGACAGUGAGGAUAUGUUUGCAGAAUUUGACCAGGAAGUAGACUCGCAAGAGAAGAAAACUUUUAUCCAUGAAAAAGCAAUUAAGGAGGACCUGGUGAUCACAGAUGAGGAAGAGAAGCCAGAGAGUACUGAAGUACAAGAGGAAGAGGAAGAACAAGAGGAAAAGGAAGAGUUGGAGGAACUGGUUCUAAAAGACAAGAAAAGGAAAGAAGAGGCUGAGCCAGAAAAACCAGUUGGUUUUAAGAGGGAGAUGUCUUUUAAAGAAUGGAAGUUAUCUUGGGAUGAUUGGAAUGAAGCCCAGAAGAAGAAAAAGGUAACAUGGGAAGAAUGGAAAAAAGACUGGGACAGGCGGUAUCUUGAGAAAAUGAAAGAGGAAGAGGAAAAAGAGAAAAAGAUGAUGACAUGGGAUGAAUGGGAAAAGAUCUGGGAAAAGAUGGAACCCAAGAUCCAGGAAGAGGAAGAACAGAUGCUGGAGAAGAGAGUGUCUGAGGAGAGGAAAGAAGAAGCAAAAGUAGAAGAAGCUGCAGCCAGAGAGGAGGAGAAAAAGAAGGAGGAGGAGGUGGAAGAAGAGGAGGAAGAGGAGGGGAUACUCACAGAAGAACAGAAACAGAUCCAAGAAGAACACAAACAGGCCUGGAGAGAGGAGAAACGAGCCCAAGCUGAAAGACAACUAGCCAAAGCAGAGAAAUUACUAGCACAAGAAGAGGAGAAACUUGCACGAGAAGAGAAAACUCUAGCCAAGGAAGAGAGAAAAUUGGCCCUAACAUAUAUGAAAAUGGCCCCCAAAGUUGGGAAACUGGCCAUUAGUGAGAGGAAAAUUGGCAAGAAAGAGGAAAAACUGGCUUCAAGAGAGGAAAGGCUAAGCAAGGAAGCAGAACAAUUGGCCCAGAAAAAAAAGAAUCUGGCCACAAAAUUGGAGGAAAUUGCUGGAGAAGAAGAGAAAGUCGCAAAGAAAGGACAAAAAAUCACUGAGGUAAAACAAAUGUUGUCCGAGAAAAUGAAAGUAAUGGCCCAGAAGGAGGAAGAUCUGGAGUUGCAAGAAGAUGAGCUGGCUAAACAAAUAGAAGAGCUGGAAUGGAACAUGCAGGAGUUGGCUUCUAAAGAAGAUGAACUGAAUCUGAAAGAAGAAAGACUAUUUGAAGAAAAAGAGGAACUAUCUGAAAAAGAGAAGGCACUCAACUUGCAGGAGGAGAAUCUGAAUAAGCGAGAGAGAAAAAUGUCUUGGGAAGAAAAGCUGCUGACCCAGGAAGAAGAGAAACUUAGCAAGAACACAGCCAUAAUAGAUCCUGAAAUGUUAGAUCUGGAAUGGAAAAGACUAGCUCAGAAAAAGGAGGCAAUAAAAAUAAACAAAGAUAAACUGAUCCAUGAAAAGGACAGCCUGAUCCUUAAUAAGAGAGAAGUCAGAAAGAACAAGAAAAGAGUGGCUGAGGAAGAAAAAACUAUAACUCAGGAAAGGAACUAUCUGGCUCAGGAAAGGGAAAAAUUUCCUCCAAGGAAAAAGAUUCUCCAGCAAGACAAAGAAAGACUCCUCCAAGGGAAAGAAGAGUUAAUUCAAAUAAAGAAAAGACUGGAGCUAUUCAAGGACAAAGUGACUCAAUUAGAGGAGGAGAUGAAACAGGAAAAGCUAGCACUGAACCAGAAGAAGGUGAAUAUUAUUGUUUCGGAGAAGAAGCUGGCUCAAGCUAGUAAAAGUUUAGCUGAAAAACAGGAGAAAAUGGCCAAGGAAAAGAUAGAAUUAAUUACAGAGAAGAAGGCAUUGUUCCAGGAAAAGAAAUUGCUCAGAGAAGAGCAGGAUAUUCUUAGAGAAGAAAGGGCACUCAAGAUGGAAAUGAAAAAAUUGUCCCAAGAGAAAAAGAGGCUGUCUGAGGAGAUUAAAAUUCUCUCCAAGGGAGACAUUCAGAAAAUGUCAAGAGACAGAACAACACUUGAUAGUGAAAUAGGCACAAUAAGGAAGAAACUGUUACUAGAGGAGAAAAUACUUACAUAUGAAGAUAGGCUGCUGGCCACAGAGGAGAGGGACAUUGCCAAAGGAAACUUGGAAUUAACUAGAGGACAUAGGGCAUAUGCCCAAGAAGAAAGGAAGUUAGCCAAGGUACUAAGGAAAAUGGUUCUAGAAAAGCAGGAUAUUGCCAACGAGCCAAUAAAAACAAAGCAUUUCUUAAAGGCACUUCAAAAACUAAUCAGUAAUGAAAGGAAAAUAACCCAGGAAGAAAUAAAGAUGGCAAAGAAAAAGGGAGCACUUUUUGCUAAGGAGCACAAAUUAAGUAAGGAAGAGGACAGACUUGAUAUCAAAGACUGGGAUUUUUCUGAGGAACAAGUAGAAAUGACUGAAGAUGAGAAGAAACUGGCCAAAAAGCAGAGAAAACUGGCCAAGGAAAUGAGAGAAAUGAUAGGCUUAGAGGAAAAAGUGGCCGAACAAGAAACUAUAUUGGCCAGAGAACAGGAAGAAUUCAUACAGGCUACAGAAGAGGAAGCAAUAGUAGAGGAAGAAGAGGAAAUCCCAUUCUUUAGAGAAAUGUGGAAAAAUAGAAAACAGUUGAGGAGAAUUUCUGUCAAAAAAGAAAAGCUUUUCAGUGAAGAGGAGCUGGAAAGUGAAGAGAAAUUUUCUAAAGAAAUGGAAACCCUGUUAGACAAUGAGGAAAAGGAGGAAAAGGAGGAGGAGGAAGAGGAAGAAGAGGAAGAGGAGGAAGAGGAAAAGGAGGAGGAAGAGGAAAAGGAGGAGGAAGAGGAAAAGGAGGAGGAAGAGGAAAAGGAGGAUAAAAUGGAAGAGGAAGAAGAGAAGCUCAUGGGGGAGGAAAAGGAGGAGAAGGUGGAAAAGAGGAAGAGAAGGAAGAAAAAGAAGGCAAAGGAAGAGGAAGGGUUUGAGGAGGCGAACCUCAAGUUUACCAGUUUACCACGAGAAAUGUUGGAGAAAUUUCAGGCCUUAGCUCAACCCAUGUUGGAGACAGUUGAAGAGCCCCCCAAGGAGAUACAAAUGAAGACACCAUUCAUCCCCCACCUAUUUAGGAAGCUGGAGGAAGCUCAUAAAGUCAAACAAAUAACACCAGAGGGGAAGGUGAAAUGGAUUGUGAAGCAUCGUCCACCUGUGACAGAACGGGAUAUGAGAAAAUCUACUCCCCACAUCUCCAUGGAGGUCAGGCCCUCUGACAUAGAGUGGAUGCACCGUGUUGUUGAACUGCUGCAAGCAGGAAAACAGCUUCCCAGAGACACUUUCCACAGACUGUGUCAGCUCCUCAGAGACCUCACCUCCCAGGGAGACUUAGAGUGGCUCCACCUGGCCGUACUCGAAGCCAUGGUACACCAUCACAAGCGGGCCCUGGAGGCACGAAGUACAAGUAUCCCCAGACCCAGUAGGGAGCCCAUGAGUCCAAAAUACCUGAAAGUGAUUCCCCCUAUAAAAGGAAAACAGAAAGGUAGUGGGCUUGAACCUUUGACUGGCCCAACACUAGAGUCCACAGAAGAUACUAAGAGAAUCACAGAACCUAAGGCUGUAAACUUGGAUCUUUUAGGAGAACCGUACAGGAGUGCCCGGAUACAGGAGUUAUUCAAUAUUAUCAAAGAGAUGGAAAUGGAACACUUUUAUCCUGUCACAAGAGACAUUUGCCCUGAUGCCUACACCCCUGUAGACAGACAAACCCUGGCACUCAUGCUUCAGAAAGACUUAUGGGACUUGAAGGGGAAAGGCAAGUAUCCCAAAUUGCCCAAGCUGGAAGAGGAGGAUGAGGAAGAGAAGAGAGAGCCCACAAGAAAAAAGGGAAAGAUACUACCAUGGGAGACAUUUGUGGCUCUGUACCAUGUUCUGCGGAUGCUGCUGCAGCGUUACGGCAAAGACACAGCUGCGUGGAAGGAACAGUUCCACCAUGUCAUGGAGCUAUACCAGCUUAAGUCUCCUCGAAUCCAGAAGUUGCUACAGGAGAUGGUAGUGAGGGGGGGGCCUCAACCCCAAGAAACCAUGUAUCAAGAGGCCCUGAAGGCCAUGGAACUAGCACCUGGGGAGAGGUUGUUCUACUGCCUGAUCUGUGGGGGCACUCAUUUUCCUGCAGCUUCCUUCAAAUUCCGCGGUGUGAUACCCCUUCCUGGACAGAAUAAUGUGCGCACCAUUCUUCCCAAAGGUAUUGCCCAGUAUGGGAUCUUAGAACUUGCCUGGAGGAGCCUGCCCUAUGCUGAUAAUCGUCUUACUAAGAAAUUACCUGACCACAUUGUUCCCACUCCCAUUUGA